AUGCCGCCUGAGUCUACUCCGGUCAUCUCUCCAGGCGAGCACAGCCGCUUCAUGCUGCAUGCUCUCGAGAAAGCCGCACUUUCACCUCCAGCACCUACCAAGUUUUGCGUUGGAGCUUGCCUUGUCAAUGCUGACACGGGCGAGGUCCUCUCUACGGGGUACUCACAAGAGCUCCCUGGAGACCGGCCUGGCGACCCUGGCAGCACUCAUGCCGAACAUUGCUGCUUCAUCAAGAUCUCCGAGCAGCACGGCAUUCCCGAGGGCCGCAUCAGGGAUGUCUUGCCGAAGAACACGGUCCUCUACACGACUAUGGAACCCUGCAACAGCAGGCUGAGCGGUAACAAGUGCUGUGUUGAUCGCAUCAUCGAACUCAAGGACGCGAUUCGGACGGUAUAUGUUGGCAUCCAAGAGCCCGACACUUUCAUCGUUGGGAACUCAGGGAGGGACAGGCUUGAGGCCGCUGGAGUGAAAAUGGUCAUACUAGAAGGCCUGGAGGACCAAAUCAUGCCAGUCACUAUGGCAGGCCACGACCAGAAAUAG